CAUGCUCUACGCUGCACUCCGCGGUGUCGGAUUUCUGGCCUUUGGCUUGUUUGCACUCCGCGCGCGGAGAGAUCGACAACGAGACUGCCUCCCAUUGGUAUUCGAACCGGUGGGCGUCCUGGUCGGUCUACCUUCUCAGGCUAGGGCUCGACGGUCCGCAUCUGCGGCGCGCUCGUCCGACCAAGUACAGCCGCGCGAAGGCUGCGGUCGUCGGCGGCGCUUGUUCGGAGUCCAGGUGCACGGACAAGCCGUGCGUUUCUUCCUGCGCCAUGAUUGCUCUCCUGGUGCGCUGGAGCCGCGGCGCCCGACCAGGUCCUGGCGAGGGUGCGUGGCAGUGUCAGGAGGGCGCCGCUGCCCGCGCAGGGCGCCGCCUGCUCGAUGGCAUCGUGGACUUGGUUACACCGUUGCCAGUGGAGUGCGACGUGCUCGACGGCGUAGUGGACGUCGUCGGGAUCAGGAACGCUCUCGUGCAGUGCGGCCAGCGGGCACGACGGCCGCUCGAAUCCGCCGUGGCUGGCCUCCCGGACACGGUGUCUUUGUCGUCCUUGCUCGUGCGCUUGCACGAGGCAGGAAAGCCCUGCGACCACUUGCUGCGACAGUGCAUUUGGUACGUCGGCGCCGCCCUGGAGCAACAUUUGCUGGCCGGCGACCGGGCGGCCGCGCAGCCAGGCGUGCCCGUCGACCCUCAUUUGGCCGAAGCUCCCAAGAUGGGCCAGACUGCGCGGUCCUUCACCAAGGGCGAGAGACUGCAGCGUGCUGGCCAACGGAAGCGUGAGGUAGCGAAGUAUUGGUUUGCUUGUCGGUCGGCUUUCUCUACGUGCGCGAGGAUCUCCCUCGCCGUGGAUGCCACGCGGGCUGGCCAGAAGGCGAUCUUGAGCACUUUCCUCGUGUGCUUGGUCUCGGCGGCCGCGUGUUGGGCGCCGCCCCAGGUCCAAGCGCGUGGCUCGAAAGCGCCAGGGGGUGUGUGGGCAUGUAUUGCCGCGUAG